AUAAAAAAUAAACUAUUUUUAAAAACAGUUUCUUUUGUAAAAAUUUAUAAUUGAAUUAUAAAAUUUAUAAACACGUUAACAUUGUAAGCAUUGGCAUAUCUAGUUCGGUAAAAAGCACGGUGCCCGAGAUAUUUUGGCCAGGUGGCAGCCCUUGUCCAGUCACGAGGACACGAAGGAUAAACGGGCGAUAAGAGAAUAGCCGAUAAGAGCUCCACCCAGUCGCAGAAAACAUGUAAUUCUCCCAGUAGCGGAUAGAAACAUUAAACAUUUUUUAUUUUUCACUCGCAUCACAACCACCACAUCCCCUCCCACGCUCCCAAGGAGCAGUCGCCGCAAGAUGGACAACAACGAGAUCUCCAUGAGUAUGGACGUCAAACUGGAUACACACGACAAGCGUCCAGUCGCUUUGCGCUACAAGACAUGGACCCGCUGUCAGGUGAAAAUCGAGGCCAUCAAGUGUGUACCAUGCUUCCUGCGGCUCAGUUUCCAGGCCCAAGACUCGGAGGGCCAGGAUGCGCAUCCCGCUAAGCCGGUUAGCGUCUCCGUCAACGUUCCGGGCGUCAGCCUCAGCCUGGCCACAUCUCGCACCAAACAGCACUCCUAUGGGCUGUUUUGGACGCAGAACCGUCGCGACUGCUUCAUUUACUUCGCCCUGGAGACGGAGACCUCAUGUCGACGCCACAUGAAAUGGAUGCGGAAGUCGAUCAAGAAUCUGGAGCUCUACCGGCAGAUUUUCCUUGAGCAGCGGCGCCUUAGCAGAGGUCCCACAGCUCUGGGCCCGCUGCCCAAUCUGCCAGAGACCAUGGACGCUGGUAAUCGCUCGCCGCGCGUCUCGCAGAUCUACGAGGAGAUCUUCGAGGGCAGCCGUAUCUCCCGCGUCUCCAUCGCUUCCGGCAUCUACGAAGAGAUGAAGCCAUCCGCCAUGGAAAAAACUCCCUCGCCGCCGCCCCUUCCUGCACAUCCCCACCGCCGGCGCAUUAACACUUUUGAGUGCGAGAUUCCGCGGUCCAGCACCAAUCCCGAGUCGGAGCUGGCCAAGAAAAAGAAGUACAAGAACAUGCUGGACACCCUGUUCGGUGGGCCGCGCCAAAAGCGUUCCGGCAGCAUCAAUGAGCUCGCCUACGAGCCCAGCGAGGAGGCACUGCCGCUCUACGAGAAUGCUCCCACCCCGGAGCCAGUGCUCCCGGUAAAGCGCUCAUCGCAGUUAAGCAAGUCGCAGCGCAACAGUUUUUCGAGUCCGGACCUCUCCAAACUCAAUUUACUGGACACUUUCGGUGAAUAUUUCGGAGCACAGAAUCACGAGUCGAGCCUGGAGCUGAACAUCAGUCUAGAUGAGUCAGUCAUUGAACCGAUCUCGCGAGAUCAGAUUGUGGCGCAAAUUGCUAACCAACUGAGCAAAGCCGACUCACUGGAGAGCUUGAACGUUUCCGAACAAUUGCCGUACAAUUUCAACUUUUCCGCCUGCAACACGUCCACCAUCAAUCUCAUCGGAUCCCACGGAGCUGUUCCACAAAGUAAUCUGGUAAAGAAAAACAAGAUACUGGAGGACGAUCUCACAGGAUACUGUGUAAUGGCACCAAUUUUAAAGGCGGCGGUGAAAGAACUGCCACCGCAGCCCGGCGGCAGCACAGUGUCCACUUCGUCCGGCUAUUCGACGGGAUCCUAUUGCUCUUCCACAAGCAGCUGCAACACUGAGGACCAGCCCACCAAGACGCAGGUGGCCAACGAGAGUGCCAUUUACGAAGCCAUGCAUGGCAGCUCCAUGAACAGCACCGUUGCAGCUGCUGCAGCUGGAUUUGCGGAGCAUCUAUACGAGAAUCUGCUGGCUGUUAAGGCAGCACAAGAGCUGGAGGCGCAGCCACUUGGCUUCGGACUGAGCACCAGCACUCCCACCGAAUCUCCGUUGGCACCAGCGUUGCCGGAGAAGGGAACGCCCAAGGAGAAGACAAUUCAGCAGAAUCCAGAUGAGGAGGACUACUACCAGACACCGAGGAAGUCGAUCAUCAGUGUGGAUGACAAAAUACCCUCCUACUAUCCCAACAGCUGCGAUACCCUCAAGUCAAAGCGACGAAGUCCCACCGACCAUGGACCCAGUCUAAGGCACUUAGUCAGUUCCAAGUUGCGACGCGAGCGAAAGGAGAACCUUUACAUUUCAUCGCCCCAACAUAUCAUUGAACAGCGCCACAAGGCGACCAGCAUCUCAUCAUCAUCAGCUAAGACUAAAAUAUCAACCAAAAAGACUGCCGCCCACAAGAUCUCCGAGAGCGUUUAUGCCGUCACCCAUCCAGUCAAGCGCCCAAAUAGCACCAAUAGUAAUAACACCCACCAAACCAUAAACAACAAUAACAAUGAAGGCGUAGAUGACGAGCUACUACACCUUACCAUCGACUUUAAAUUCGACGACGGCCAAGCUGUCGAGGAUUCUAUCCAGGCGAAGGCAGCGAAUAUUCCCCGUAUACAGCCAAAGCAGGAGAAAGAGUGCGGGGAUCGUAACCAGGCGGCGGAGCAGGCAACACGACUCCUGCAGAAGUACGCCACGCUGGCCAAAUUCGGACAUUCGCCGAACAAAUCCAAACCGGCUGCGGCCCAACCGGAGCCCAUGAUACAGUCGGUGGCCACAUCGAAUGAGUUGCAGCCCCCGGGAAGCAGCAUGAAGAAGUUUGCCUCCUUACCACGCUUCAAGAAAAUUGACUUUUCGCCACUGAAGAUGAGGCUAAACAAUGUCCUGCAGAGAAAUCCUCCGUCGCCGCAGCAGUAGAGUGGAUUUUCUCCAAUUUUCUGUAUCAAUGUUGAACACUUCGCUGUGGAAACACAAUGCUUUUUAUGAAUUUAGCUUAUUUUUAUGUUGUAGGUUCUUGUAAAUGUGAUCUGCCCACCACUUUUGUGUUAGUUGGACAAGUUGAUGUUAUCAGCUUAUUAUUAUGUUAUCCGAGUAUGUAAUACGCUUUCCCACGAUGCACUUAGUCUUAAGCCUUAUAGGUUGAUCUUGCUUUGUCAAAAGGUAUUCUAACGAAUCAUAUCCGGCUCCAUUUGAGGAGCCUCACAAGUAUUACUGUUGUGAACUAAAGAUGAAUGUCUAAGAUUUAUACAUAUGAAUAUGCUCAAUUAUGAAAAUUUACAAAACCGCUUUUAUACGUAUUAAACGAAACCAUAUUGUUGA